UCAAGAGCCAAUGUAUCUAUGACAACCAAAUAAAUAAAGAUUGCAAGAUUACUGUACACUUUGUAAAAACUUAAAAAAAUAAAAUAAAUGGAUAAAGGUUUCUCCAAGUGAAGUGAAAGCUCGAAUGACACAUCAAGGCAUGUGAAUUAAUAAUGGCGAAAGCUUCUACUAUUAAAGAUGCAAUCAAAAGAUGGGAAGAUAAGACGGGACAAAACUCAGCCGAGGCAAAAGAUAUCGGUUUGCAAUUUCAAUGGAUGCCCAUCGAAAAAAUGGACAACUCCCUUGGACAAUUAGUCAAGUGCGAGAAACUAUCCCUCUCUACAAACAUGAUUGAAAAAAUUGCUGGUCUCGGUGGAAUGAAAAACCUCAAGAUCCUUUCUCUUGGAAGAAACUACAUAAAAGCUUUCUCUGGAUUGGAGCCUGUUGCAGACACUUUGGAGGAGUUAUGGAUUUCUUAUAAUUUAAUAGAAAAAAUGAAAGGCAUUGGCGUUUUGAGAAAAUUGAAAGUGCUGUACAUGUCAAAUAAUCUCGUGAAAGACUGGAGUGAAUUUAAUAAACUGCAGGAAUGUCCGGAGCUUGUUGAUCUACUAUUUGUUGGUAAUCCAAUUUGCGAAUCAAUGGAAGAAGCCCAGUGGAGAAUGGAAGCAAUAAAGCGUUUGCCCAACCUCAAGAAACUAGAUGGAGAUCCAGUCAUUACUGAAGUGAUAGCCUAAAUACUACAAAUAAAAUUCAAGAUUCUAAAAACUUUGCAUUUUACUGUAUAUACACUAGAGGUGAUCUCAACCACAGAGAAGAUAUCCCAUUGUAUAGGUUCUUACGUUCCAAAUUUGAAGCCGAUAUUUUGUCAACUGAAGCCGAUCACUGUCAACUACUUACUGUAUAUUAUUACUGUUUUGUUGGGUUGAGAGUGUAAGAACGGUACAGUAUAUGAAAUUGAAUUGUUGAAAGUAGAAAUUGAAUAGUAUCUUGGAAAUUUUACUGAUCACGUUUCCAGUGAAGAGACUACCAGCGUCACAUUGCUCCAUGAAAAAGAACUACUAGGACUGUAGGCUUGAGUUAACAGUGACAAUUGGAAUAAAGACGCUCUAUACCAUGA